CUGAUUACCAGAAUUUGAUUUGGCAGAAGAAAGCUCGCGAAAAAAAUAAGACAAAGUACGAAAUUAUAUUCGAAACUAAAUUGUGUUUUUAUCUGAAGAUCUAAGUUGAAUCCUUGACGUAUUUUGGGGCUAAUAAUACAAUAAAGACAUAGAAGUUAAUUCAUAUUUUGAAGAUUAUUGUUUAGGUUCGUCGAAUAUUAACAACAAACAAGUCGCUGUUCAGUGCAGAAAUUCGAAUAUUGAAACGUCACCCUGGAGGAAGUUAAAUAAUACAAUACGUUUUAAUGCUACAAAAUAGACCAAACUAAACGCUAAAAUCCAGCUUAAUGUCACUUUCGCUUUUGCGAUGUCUUAAUCGGGGAGGAGUAGGGGUAUUAAAUGCCAGCAAUAACACUACCAAAGUAUCACUACAAAAGUCAUCCUCUACGCCGAUCUUGGGUGUAUCAAGUAAAGCCCACUAUUCUCGACGCAGCGACCCGAAAAACCUUGAUAGUGUUUUCAAGGUGGUGAAGUCCAAGGCGCGUGUCGAGGAAAACUCUGACUUUCUUGGUGGUGAAUGUGGACCGAACUGGGAAUUACUAGCACCUCGAGGAAACCGUUUCUAUUUUCCAAAUGCUGUCGGUCCAGCGUGGCAAGGGGCGUCAACAACUAUAACUUUGGAGGCACCUUUGGAGUCACUUGUUAAUUUCAAUGGAAAGGCAAUGGAUAUAAAACAAAAUAAAAUGCUAGAAUUUACCGUUGGCGAAUGCCCUUCACUGAUAAGGAAGUCAUUGCACGAACUUUUCCCAGCUCCAGAAGUUGUAUCUAGCGAGAAAUUAGCUCUAAUGACUUUGCGAUUCUCUGGUGAUAACGAACAAGGAGCUUGGAAGUUUGUUUUAGCUGCACGCGAAAUUACCGCACGUCUUCGUUUGCAUGGCUAUUGGGCUGAUUUUAUGAAUCCAUUCAGCGGGAAACCAUUUUAUUCGUGGGCGAACGGUAAAAAUCUCUACAAAGUUGACGAUCGCUUUAGAGGGAUAAAUAUGAAGCUCAUUAAGAAGAAUCACUGCACUGUAAUUAGCACUGAAAAUGGCGAAGCUACAUUUUCUGGAGCCAUUUACACUAAUGCCCCAUGUGACUAUUUACAGAUUAAAUCACUUAUCGACGAACAAGUCUAGCAGGGUCACACUGUCCUAAUACAUUGUAAAUUCAAAAUUGUUAUUAGUUUUAUUAAAUGAGCGAAUAAAAUAUUUGUUCUAAUUUAAACCCUUAAA